GGCGGAAGCGCGCGGAUGGAACGUUGGGGCCCGGACGAGACCAUCCGGCCGGGCGAGCGCGGGGGUGUGUGUGUGCGAGUGGAGAGGAGGUUACAAAGUGCUGGGAAAGUUGCUGCUAUGGCGCCGUGUCCGAAGCUGGUGCUGCUUUUCAGCGGGAAACGGAAAUCGGGCAAAGAUUUCGUGGCCGAAGAAAUCCAAAGCCGGUUGGGGUUGGAUGUUUGCACCAUUCUCCGCUUAUCCGGGCCUCUGAAAGAGCAGUACGCAAAGGAACAUGGCCUGGAUUUCCAGCGGCUUUUAGACGCCUCCGAUUACAAGGAACUUUAUCGGGAAGACAUGAUCCAUUGGGGGGAAGAGCGACGCCAGAGCGAUCCUGGUUUCUUUUGCCGCAUUGUGGUGGAAGGCGUGACGCAACCCAUCUGGAUCGUGAGUGACACCCGGCGGUCCUCGGACGUGGAAUGGUUCCGUGAUGUGUACGGGGACCUCGUUCAAGUCGUGCGGGUGAUUGCCACGGAGGAAACCCGGAGAAGACGGAACUGGGUGUUUGUGGAAGGAAUUGACGACGCGGAAUCCGAGUGCGGGUUAGACCAAGGCGUCCCCUACGAUUGGGUGGUCACCAAUGAUGGAGACCAGCUGUCCUUGGAUGCCCAGCUGGAGAAAUUGCUCCAGUUUAUCCAGACCAAACUUUAGGAACGGCUGGCUUUCCCCAUCUCUCUCUUUCUCUCUCUCCCCCUGUAGCUCUUUUGGGGAGGGGGCUCAGGCUGGGGCUCUUGGCUGAAGGACCAAAGAGGGGUGAAGACGUUGGAGGAGGAGGUCCUCCUUCCCAAAAAAGGAGACUCCAGGCAAGGAACCAUCACAUUAAACUUUGCUGUACAGUUUCCUUCCUGGAAUUGAGACUCCAUUCCAGAAAUUGCCAUAAUCCAGUUCCGGUUUUUCUUCUCUCUGUCUCUCUCUCUCUCUCUCUCUCUAUCUUCCUCCAUCUCAACAGGGCUGCCUGCUUUUACCAUCCUGCAGGUAUCUCAGGAGGAAGAUUAAAUUCCCACCUUUUGAUAGGUCUCGAUUCCUCUCCCUCCCCCUCAACUCCAUUGGUGGGAUAACGGGGGUACCUCUUGUUCUUCGCAUCCCCCUCCUCUCAUUUGAGAUGAGGACAGUACUGCUUCCCACCUCUAGGGGGCAGAGCAAGCCCAGCUUUUUCACCCUAGCUUUUGCAGCUUUCCAAAGCAGGGGGAAAAAAUUCCUGAUUUUUGCCAUUCCAUUUAGGUUGAGUUUGAUGCAAGUUUUUUCCUCCUGAUUUGAUCUAUGGGGAAAAACAAGAAAGAAUCUCAUUGGUGAUGGGGGAAACACCCACGGACGGUGGGGUGAAAAAUCCCAUUUUUUUUCCCCAGAGAUCUCUCACUGGGAAUGGAAAUAUUCCCAGUUUCCCACUUGGAAUGGAAAUAUUCCCAAUGCUACGGUCCUCUGCGGUUAGAAAACCCACCGGCUCCCCCAACAGGUGGGGAAGAAACCACAUUGUCGUGCCUUAUUCUCGAAAAGCUCUCCGUCUCUCGUUCCGGUUUUCCUCCUCCUUUUCUUUCUCUUUGUUUCCUUCCUUCGUUCCUCCCCGAAUCCCCCUUGGCCAAUUUCUCCUCCGGCAAAAUGUUCUUCUGCCAUUGGAGGGAGGGAGGAUUUCGUUCCAGAAAACGUGGAGGGAGACCCGAAAAAUUGCAUUGGGAUGAGAAGCGUUUGAAAGAAUCCUCUGAAAGGCACCUGGAAAAGGUGCGUUUUGCAGCCCCCCCUCGGGGCUGCAAAAUGAGUUUAAUCGUUUUAGUUUAAUCCCCGCUUCAUUCCCCUCCGCUCGAGUUUAAUCCCCGCUUCAUUCCCCUCCGCUCGAGUUUAAUCCCCGCUUCAUUGCCCUCCGGUGCCAGUUUUUCUUAACUGUGGCGCAGGAACCCUGGAGGAUUAAAAUAAACUGACCACUAAGCAGGUCAGCUCCCGGGAAGGUUGGAAGGCGCGCAAACUGAAUUUGCAAAAGGGGAGCAGUUUUGCGAGGCUGCUGCAUUUAUUCCGAAUGGGAAAUAUCCUCCCAGCUGUUUGCAAGACCCUCCCCAAUUAAUUUCCUGCCUCUGUUACUGUGUAUACCUGUAUUAAUUGCUAAUAUUAAUGAGAACGCCCGCCUUUUCUCUCUCGUCCUAUCGGGUAGGGAGGAGGUAGGAAAAUGCUCCAAUAAAGCCCAUUGAUUGGUUAAA